AUGGCUGGAAGGAAUGAUGCUGCUCUUGCUGCUGCUCUAGAAGCAAUGGCUCAUGUGAUGGAAAAUCAGCCAAAUGCUGACGGGAAUGCUGAAUCUUGUAGCUUGGCGACUUUCCAGAGAGAGAAUUCACCUACGUUCAAGGGAAAAUAUGAUCCUGACAGAGCAUUGGAAUGGUUGAAAGAGAUUGAGAGAAUCUUUUGCGUGAUGGAUUACACUCCAGCGCAGAAGGUUUGUUAUGGGAUUCAUAUGCUAGCAGUCGAGGCUGAUAACUGGUGGCUAGAGACUUGUCGGAAGUUGGAAGCUGCAGGUGAGAAUGUCACUUGGGCUGUGUUCCGUAGGGAGUUUUUGAGAAAGUAUUUUCCUGAAUAUGUCUGUGGUAAGAAGGAGAUUGAGUUCCUUGAGCUGAAGCAAGGAAAUCUGUCUGUUGUUGAGUAUGCUGCCAAGUUUGCUGAGUUGGCCAAGUUUUAUCCGCAUUACGCUGAGGAAAAUGCUGAGUUUUCAAAGUGUAUUAAGUUUGAGAACGAGUUGCGCCCGGAAAUUAAGAAGGCAGUUGGAUACCAGAAGAUCCGUGUCUUUGCUGAUUUGGUUGAUAGCUGUAGGAUUUAUGAGGAAGACAAUAAUGCACAUUACAAGAUUAUCAGUGAGAAGAGGGAAGAAGGGCACAUUGGUAGCCAGUGUCUGAAACCGAAGAAGGCUCAGUCUAGUGGUAAAGUGUUUGCUUUGGUGGAGGAUCAGACAUCUUCCGAGGACAGACUUAUUAGAGGUACAUGUUUCAUUAAUAGUACUCCUUUAAUUACUAUUAUUGAUACUGGUCCUACGCAUUGUUUUAUUACUGCUGAUUAG